UCGAAAUCUUAAGAAUCUAUGGUUGUCUGCUUCCUCGAAAGGUGGCAACUCAAUCCACACAGUACAGAUGGAAAGUGUUGGAUUGGAAAAACGUGAGCUUCCCCCGACAAAUCAGAAGAGGAUGGUGGCUUUCAUAAAUCACUUUGUAUUGAGUACAGUUGGAUUUCUAAAUAAUUUUGCUUCGGAUUGUGAAAAUAAAUUCAUAGAAUAUGAACGCAAGAUUCAAUCCUUGGAGGCAUCAAUACUAAUAGUGGAGGCGAAAAUUGCUUCCAUAAAUGCACUGAAAAGUAGUACUAAUGUUACAGAAUGUGAUCAACCUGAAUCUAAUGCACGGGAUGCGGAUGCUGAUAACAUGCUUGUCGAAACCACGAUCGAAACGCCAAGCGAAAUAGUUUCAGAGAGAGAUGCCCGUUACGAUAAAUAUUUUAAAAUGAUACAGUUCGGUGUACCUGCCAUGGCGGUAAAAAAUAAAAUAAGCUCUGAUGGCCUGGAUCCGGAUUAUAUUGAUAGGAUAUAAAUUAAAACUAA